UGGUCACCUCUUCAUCCUUUAUAUCAUCCGAAAUGCAACACUUCUGAAAUCAGGAGAUUCAGUGACAUUCUAGCGGCGUUCAGCUCCAUGUUUUGGACAAAGUCUGUCCGCUCUGUGAUCCCGUACAUGUAUGGCGCACACAGCAAGGCAUUGGCAUUAAGGAUCAUGCACAAGGUGGCGAGACUGGCGGCUAUUCCUGCAGGCGUUAGUCUGUUCUCGGUGUGGGUUCACGCCACGUGUGAAGAGAAACAAGACAAGAGAUGCCUGAAGGUUGAUGAGCUGUCUCUCUACACCACACCGGAGCAGCACUAUAAAUUUGUGGAGGCAGAGCCCACCCAGCUGGAGGAGGGCAUUGCUGAGCUGAGGAAGGCGACGGAGCCCGUCUCUACCUGGUGUCAGCAAGCUGGCCAUAGUGCAGUGGAGCAGGCACAGGGAGUCAUAACAACAGCCAAACCAAAAGUUGAAAGCUCUAUCCAGUUUGGAAAAGAUAGCUAUGAGUUCCUGAAGGCCCCACCCCCUGGGUUUUACCCUCGCGUCGGAGUCAUUGGCUUUGCUGGCAUUGUCGGACUCUUCCUCGCUAGAGGUUCCAAAGUCAAGAAGCUGGCAUACCCCGUGACUUUAAUGACAGUCGCUGCCUCUCUGUAUUACCCACAGCAAGCUGCUAACAUCGCUAAGGUAGGGCUUUUAUGAUGCCUUUUAUGUUUUU